CGACGUUCGUAAUGGAUCAGUUGACGACUACCAGUGACGCUGCUUUUUUUGUUAUUUUAUUAUAUGUAUUUUUAUUUAGUUUACAUGUGAGAUUUUCAUUACUCUGCGUUACAUCAGUAAAACAGUGGAAGAAAAAAAAACUUACAAUAAAUGUGCAAGUGCGCAUGCGCAGUGUAGUGUUGCUACUUAGUUGUUGUAGUAACCAGGAAGAUUAACAGCGAAGGCUAGUUAGCUGUUAGCAGUCUCCCUGAAAUAAAGGAGGGAGCUACAAUGGCAGACACCUGAUCCAAGAAGGAUUUGAGCUCUCUUUCUCCCUGUGGAGAUGCCAGCAGUUGCCCGGGAUAAAGAGGACUCGGAAUCCUCUUCUGAAGACGAACAUGAGGACCAUCCCUGUAUUGCCUGGAGUGGCCUGAGCCGGACAAUCCCAAUCUUCUUGUUUUUCCCUGAAGCCAUUGUUUCGAAGGAUGGAACUAUCUAUGCUCGUGGAGAGCGAUACAACAUGACCUUCAAGAUUGUGCGCACAGAGAGUCGCCUGGUGCGGGGGAUACUGACCAAUCAUGGUUUCCAUGAGGUUCAUUCAAAUAGCAACAAUUUCAACCUGAUGUGGACGGGAUCCCACAUGAAGCCUUACCUACUCCGAAGCCUUCAAGAUUUCCAGAAGGUCAACCACUUUCCGAGAUCUUAUGAACUGACCCGCAAAGAUCGGCUUUAUAAAAACAUCCAACGAAUGCAGGAGGCCCACGGCUUCAAAAACUUCCACAUAGUUCCACAGACCUUUGUGCUUCCGUUGGAAUACCAAGAAUUCUGCAGCUGUUACGCCAAGGACAAGGGCCCGUGGAUUAUUAAACCGGUCGCAUCUUCACGAGGACGAGGUAUCUACUUAGUCAGCAAUCCAAAUCAGAUAUCAGUUGACGAGAACAUGUUGGUGUCCCGCUAUAUUCAUAACCCUCUACUGAUAGACGAGUUCAAGUUCGACGUGCGCUUGUAUGUGUUGGUCACAUCCUAUGAUCCACUCCUCAUUUAUGUAUAUGAGGAGGGCCUCGCGAGAUUUGCCACCGUCAAGUAUGACAGGACUGCGAAGAAUAUUAAGAAUAACUUCAUGCAUCUCACCAACUACAGUGUGAACAAAAAGAGCAGCGAUUACGUCAGCUGCGAUGACCCUGAGGUUGAGGACUACGGCAACAAGUGGAGUAUGAGUGCAGUGUUGCGCUACUUGAGGCAGGAGGGGAAGGACACCACUUUGUUGAUGAGACAGGUCGAGGAUGUGAUCAUCAAAGCUGUGCUCAGUGCUCAGAUGCAGAUCGCUGCCGCCUGCAAGAUGUUCAUUCCUUACCAGACCAACUGCUUUGAACUUUAUGGGUUUGAUGUGCUAAUUGACUCCAACCUAAAACCCUGGUUGUUGGAGGUUAACCUUUCUCCAUCUUUGGCCUGCGAUGCCCCCUUGGAUUUGAAGAUAAAGGCCAGCAUGAUUGCAGACAUGCUCUCCCUUGUGGGCUUGGUGUGUCAGGAUCCUCUGAUGAGGAAGCCACGCUCCGACCCCAGCCUCAAGCAGCCAAGCCAAAGAACACAGUGGCAGAGGCCCCCAGCAGCCGCUAACAGUGAACCAGUGGAGUUGAAAGACAAACCGAGAGGAGACAGCAUUCUGGGCUUGACUGUUGAGCAGAUCAAAGUCUUGAGGAGGACAAGGGAGGAGUAUGAAAGGAGAGGAGGCUUCAUCCGAAUAUUCCCCACUGAAGACACAUGGGAGCUCUAUGGUGGAUAUCUGGAGUCCAAGACAUCAUUGAACUCAAUGUUGGCAAACAGACUUUUCCAUGGAAGGAAUGCGAGCGGGAAUGCGCAGCUGCAGAUGGACGCAGUUGAUGGCUACCACGCCGUCCAGUACGAGAGGAAGCUGCCGUCUCUGGAGACCCGUAAGAGGAGACGGCACCACCUGAGUCAUCGCUCUGCUGCUGGAAAGAAGAAAUGGGGGAAGGAAUCCAAGGCCUCCCUGAUGGAGAGCAGUGGCCUGGAGGGAGAGGACUGCAUACAGGAGGAAGGAGCGGAGAUGAAACGUGUUCUCAAGCCAGUCUCGCACAAGGAUUUGGUAGCGGAGCAAAGAAAACAAGUGGCUUCACCAGUGCAGAACUCUCACAGCGAGGCUGUGUCCAGCUCGCAGGCAGCAACGCGCAACAGCAGGCCCCAUGUCAACCUGCUUCACUUCCUCCAGCAGGGCUGGGACAUCAGUAAAGUGCAGGCCCGGAUGACCUUUUCCUCCUACCUACAGCGGGUUCAACAGAGACUUUUGGAAGAGAGCAGGGUCAAAGGGAUUCCAGCUUGGAUAGCCAAGGACAAUGACCAAAUGGAUCUCGUAGUCCGCUUCCUGAGAAGGGCCGCCAGUAACCUCCAGCAAGAUGUUAAGAUGGUUCUGCCCAGUCACCAGCUCCCAGUCCAAGACCGCAGACGCAUCCUGUCCCACCAACUAGGAGAGUUUAUCCAAUGUUAUGAAAAGGAAACUGAGCAUAUAGUGCAAAAACAACAGAACAGUACAGAGGAGAAGUGUGUUGCCGCCAGUGUGUUUCAUGACUACAUCACGGCUGCGAGUGAAAGUGAUCUGGAGGAAGUACUGACGUUCUACACACAAAAAAAUAAAUCAGCCACCGUCUUCCUCGGAACAAAAGUCCGGCGUGUUAAAAAAGUCUUUCGUGAAAUACGUGCCUCAGAAGAGCCAGGCAACUGUAAGACUUCCAAAAUUGUGCCUGUGGCCAAAGAGGAGUCCAGCUCGUUAGAAUCGACGCCCUCCACAGGAAAAGUCAGCAGUGACACAGACAGCAAGGUCACCGAAAGUCAAACCCUGGUUUGUUUGUCUGAAGGCCAGCUGACCGGAUUUGGACACGCAAAAAUCCACCCACAAGGCCAGCCUCCUCAACCCUGCUCGAGCUUUCCCGUGACUUCAGACUUCCCCCGUAUCCAUCAGCACAGCUCCUCCAUCAAGCCUUCAUCCCUGCCUCGUCAUCGUUCUCCACCUCUGCCGCUUCCCCCGCAUCCUCCAUCCUAUGCACAGUCCUUGGCAAAGUCUCAAUUCUGCCAGACUGAGAGACUCAGCGCCGCUCCUGUUUACACCCCUCCCACCGUGUCUAUGGGACAACCAACCCAGGUUUUCUGGAGGGUCCCAUCUUCUCCAGUGCUCACAUCAAGCUCCGGAGCAUCUUCUUCUUUCACCAGUGCCUUACAGAUCUAUAGCAAGAAGCUCUCUAGACCAACAUCUGCAAGCCAAGCGCCCAAAAUGCACAGUUCCACUAAGGUGAAGUCAAACUCCGAGGGAGGCUUCAGGGAGUUGAACUCUCUGACUGACCAGGCCCAGUCCAACCAGCAGGCCUUCAUCUCAGCCCUCCAGAAGCUGGCAGACAAGCAGGUUGCUCGCACCACUGCCCCCUCCAGUCAUGUCAACCUCCUGACGCAACAUUUUACCAGGCUAAACAUGGCAAGCCGGAUGUUGAGUGGAGAGAAGCAAAAGAUGCCCCCGUUUGCCCAUAGCCAAGGACUCAAUGGCCUGGACAACUCUGGAACUGAUCCCCUUAGAAACAGGACACAUCAUGGGUGGAUGAAUAAUGGAGAGGCUACCACUGACAGACAGAAUCGCAGCAACUUGAGCUCCGUGAUGGGGGCUAGUCCUGAAGAAAUCUGGCAUCCUGCCCAAGGAAACCAUCAGCAUCAGUUUGCUGCCCAGCAACUGCAACAGCAAAGAAUUCCCCCACGACAAUUCUUGGACCAGAACCAUUGUGGACACCAGGAUCAACAUGCAGACGAAACAAGCACUCCCCACGCUGAGUUUCCCACAAAAUCUUCCAGCUUCCCCGGACCACCUCAUCACAGUCACGUCCGGACCCGUGAUAGUCCUGUCCUCUCCCCAAAGCCACCCAGCGAGGCCCGAGAAGGACCGAUCAGGAAACAAGCGACGACGCGCUUCGUCAAGCAGACGUCCACUCAGAGGUCAGCCAAUGGAAAUGUGACCGGCGGGCAGCAUUUGGUCUACGACGCCUUCUGCGCUAAGACAGGACUUUCUGUGUACCGCAAACUGCUGCAGGCCCGGGAGGCCAGAUGACACCAGCGUGACCAGAAGCGCACCCUGCCAACGUGGUUGACGGACAGGUGUCUCUGCAUGUAACUCGCCCAUACACCCAGGCACACCGGUGUAUUCUGGGAGGGAACAACAGCGUAAAGUGUGCCAGGCUCUUAUUAAUAUGUCCGUCACACUGCCACAGACACGGUAGGAGAUUGCGUGCCGAGCACGGAAUUCCCAGCUUUGACGCAGGUUGGGAUUUGGUCGCAACAGCCCAAUAUCAGAUGGCCUUUCCAGCCUGCGCGCGGUCUCCGCGCCAACAUUUUCCCUCACUCAUUCUCUCCGCGCUACCGAUGCCACGGAAAGAUUUCACAGGCAGAUAGCUUUCAACAGUUGCCCCGCUGGCAUUUAGUAUGCAAGCUAUUCACAUGAACCCACCCCUGCCACCGACCAGAGACAUCCCGCGAAUGGUAAGCACGCAAACGAGUUCCUGGCAUUAGAAGCUGACUUCCAGUCCAGGAUGAAAGCAAACCGUUACCAAAUCCUCACUGGCCAAAAGAUUGUUCAAUUAUAGCAACCUUUGCUUAAACUGACAAGUGGAUGUUUUUAUGGAUGGACCUACUUAAUAUCAUGAGUAAAUUAUUGUUGUUGUUACAGUGUACUUAAAGGUCAAGUGUCAUGAAAUGGAUGAUUUAUAAUAUGUUAUUAAUGGAAAAAAAUAGCUGCCUGUAUGGACCCAUCUGUUUUUUCACCACAAAACAUGAUUUUGAUGUAUAAGGCUUUUAGUAACUCCCGGCAUGAAAGUCCUCUUGAGGGAUUUUUUUUCCACAAGAAGCAGGAAGUGACGUUGGAGGCAGUAGCGCACUCAAGCCGACUUGUUUUCUUCUAUUAGUUUUACCUGCGGUAAGAUAGCUUGUUGUUCCUUCGUGUUAGCCAAAAUGCCGGCUCGUUGUAUUGCUGGAUAUUGCUCGAACACUCGGGAGGAUGGAUUGCCUCUUCAUACCUUUCCAAAAAUCCGAUUUGUCGUGAAAAAUAGAUUGCACAAAGGACGAGAGCUUUGUGGGUUCCAAAUGACAGGUAGGUGUGUAUACAGCUACAAAAAAAAAAAACAAUAGUUGGAGGGGGGGUGUAAAUCUCGGGUGUUAAAUGUGUCGAUGUGCACAUUGGAAGACUUCCGUGCUGCAGCCAUGAAAUACGGCCUAAGCAUACCUUGUGAAUCGCCACCAGCCUUGUCGACAAGGCCGAGCCACCCGCUGGCCUUGUCAGCCGGGGUGGCUCAUCGUGGUGCUGGGCCUCGGUGGCUCAUCUCUGCCGCGGAAGUGAAUCGGACAUGGAGGUGGUUUGACUGCGGCGUCGUCGUUGUCGCUUGCGGACGGCAUUGUUUUUAUCACCGCCGUGCGGAGGUGGAUCGGGCGGCGAGGUGGUUUGGCCGUGAUCCGCAUAUCAUCUAAAUUUGGCUCGAAACAUUAGGGUAAUAUUGCCCCGGUAACGUCACUCGGUUGUGAGAUGUUCUCGUCUUCGAACAGAGUUUCCGUGUCAGAAGGGGCGUGCUUGUCUCUCACAGUAGGGUCCAACGCGUGUUUUCAAUGGCGAAUGUCCGGGGUGACAUCACGGACAGUAGAUGCAGCCAAUAUGGCGACCACUUGGAUGUCGAAUGACACUUCCGCAACUUUGCGCAUGGAUGACCCGCCCUCCGCUCAUAUUUAUUUUUUCGUAUAGAAUUAAAGUGAAUAAUGUUACAUGUAUUUUUCAUUUCAAUAUCUAUUUUAGAAUGUUUAUAGGGAUGACACUUGACCUUUAAGUAGGCCUUUCUGGAAAAAAGAAAGGAAAACCUCAAGUUAAUGGUGCAUAUGUAGACCAGCAUUUUCGUGGAUGUAGAGAGAGGUCACUCAGGGCGUAUUGUUAAUAAAACCAUUCUGCCGUGUAGCUUUACAUUCACCAUCACGUAUGUUUGUUAUCACUUUAACUGAAAUACUUGAAUUUCAAGCAUGUCAUUCUCAAAUGUUGUUGAUUUAAAGUGUUUGGUUUGCGCAGAUUGAGUCACUUUCAAUAUCGGGAUUGUCAUUGGUUGUCACGUCAAAUGUGUUUUUUUUUUUUAAUGUCAGCAAUAGGCUUUAUCGCAUGAAUCAAAAUCCAAUGUUGUACUGCGUUGAUGCAGUGUAGUUUACAGGCAAUGUGUUUGAUUCCUAACUGUUUACAACUCUCGUGCAUGGAAUUGUUAGCUGUUUUUGUCCUGUGGGGGUCCCUGAGGCCGUUAGUAGCAAAGUGAGACAGUGAACUCCAUGCCGAUCAUGUCCAAAUGUACGCUCAACCUACAGUAAAUAAAGUGGAA